CGCAGCCACUGUUUACGCUUUUAUUGACACGUGCAAACACUUGCUGUGUGUUGACCAAUCAAAUCGUGUUUUGUUUUCUAUUUUGGGGACUGUUGGCUAUCUCCACGUUGGAAGGAACACGUUGGAAGCCUAAGGAAAUGAAUAAAACCGAUGCGCAACUUGAAGAUUCCUUAUGAGACAUUAACAGGCGAGAUCGACGCACACCAGCAAGAAUAUUACCGAGGAAGAACAUUUCCACUUUGGUGUCUUUUUUUCCUCCUGAGUCGUGUUACCGAGUAUUUCAGAGACAGUAUGGGUCUAAUGUUCUCCCGCCUGAUGAACCUGAUGCAGUCCGCUUUUAAGGACACGCCUGCCCGCAUCCUCAUGCUGGGGCUGGACGCCGCAGGUAAAACGACGAUCCUGUACAAGCUGAAGCUGAACGAAACCGUGACGACCAUCCCGACCAUCGGCUUCAACGUGGAGGAGGUGUGUCCCACCAAGUACGUGUCCUUCACCGUGUGGGACGUGGGCGGACAGGAGAAGAUCCGGCAGCUGUGGAGGCACUACUACCAAAACUCAGAAGGUCUGAUUUUCGUGGUGGACAGUGCGGACCGAGCCCGUCUUGAGGAGGCUCGCGAGGAGUUGUUCGGGAUCAUGGAGAGCCCAGAAUUCCCCCGUGGAACCCCGAUAGUAGUCAUCGCUAACAAGCAAGACUUGCCUAAUGCAGCGAGCUGUUCGGAGAUCGUGGAGAAACUGCACAUGAGGAAGCUGGUGGAGAACCAGUGGCACGUCCAGGGCGCAUGCGCAGUUACGGGUGACGGUGUGUAUGACGCCGUGGAACAUCUCGGCAGGAUGGUGAAGGACUACAGAAAGCAACACCCGCACUGAGCAUGCGCAGUGGGGACGGAGAACUGAACUGUGCGGGCACAGGGUAUUGAUGGCUGCUCAUCCUGAGCUCUGACGCUUGGGUAAACCAUUCCUUCUAGUCCAUUGUUUUGUCUCUGACAAAUGAAUCUAUGACACAGCUUUAAUACAUGGUAAACAGGGUGGAUCAUAGGUCAACGUGGGCCAAGAAUAACAUUGUGCAAGGCACUAUAUUACUGUAUAUAUGAACUUGAAUAUCCUUCACUCCUCUUCAUUGGAAAAACAGUUACCAAUAGCUAGUGAUUUAUACGAACAGCGUCACUGCACCUUCACGAUGACUACUUAGCGACUCAUUUACUCGUUAUUCAAAACGUUGGUGAUCACACGUAUGGCCAAAGGCAGUUUGCUAAUAGCAGAUUGAUGCAGUAUCAGCGUGGAUCGGUAGAGGGUACUUACUACAUAUGUCACUUGAGUGAGGUUUUAGUUCGGUAUUCUGUAGAGUCGUAUGCAACGUUUUGCACUUAACUGUAAAUAAUUUGAAUGUCGGAACGUCGGAAGAGAUGGUGUUCAGACGUACGUAUUUUGUGUUGGUCUGUUUUGUACACAUAUCUGUUUAUACAUUUACUUACUCAUGUGUAAAUUAAUGAUUAAAUGCAAUAACAAAAGUAAA